AUGAACAUCAAAAAGUUGCUUCAAGAUCAUCUUCCCUCAACCACUGCAGAUACCUCGAGUCGCAUUGUCAAAGCGAUUCCCCGAAGUACGCAAGGAACUCGCGACAAUGCUGACCGUAAGAAGAUCCACGAGUACCUCUUCCGCGAGGGUGUACUCGUGGCCAAGAAGGAUUACAACCUUCCCAAACACUCCGACAUCGACACCAAGAACCUCUACGUCAUCAAGGCUUGCCAGUCUCUCACUUCGCGCGGCUACGUCAAGACCCGUUUCUCCUGGCAAUACUACUACUACACCCUGACCCCCGAAGGCCUCGAGUACCUCCGCGAAUGGCUCCACUUGCCCGCUGAAAUCGUGCCCGCCACUCACAUCAAGCAGCAGCGCUCCCACGCUCCUCCUCGUGGCAUGAUGGGCGGUGAAGGUGAACGCGAGCGACGCCCUGGUGGCCGCGGUGAACGUGGUGACCGUGGCGACCGUCCUCCUCGUGGUGAUGGUGGCUACAGACGCCGUGAGCAGGGUGAGGGUAAGGAGGGUGGCGCCCCUGGUGACUUUGCUCCUUCUUUCCGUGGUUUCGGUCGCGGACGCGGUGCUCCACCAUCCUAG